ACGCGACCUGUCACUAUGGAGGCUGAGCCCCUAGGCCAGAAGCCUCCUCGCCGGAAACGGAGCAGGGUUAGUGCCGGGGCCGGCGCCGGCCGUUCUCCCACGGCGGACAGCGCUGCCGGCGUGACCACCUCUGCCGCCUCUUGCAGCCGGUACCCCCUGAGACGAGGCAGCUCUUUCACCUUUCUGACUCCAGGACCACACUGGGAUUUCACUCUGAAGAGGAAACGCCGAGAGAAGGAUGAUGAUGCAGUCAGUCUCUGCAGCCUUGACUUUAAGGAGCCAAGCAACAAGCGGGUCCGGCCGCUGUCGCGGGUCACCUCCCUGGCCAACCUGAUCUCUCCCGUCAGAAAUGGAGCGGUUCGGCGCUUCGGGCAGACUAUCCAGUCCUUCACCCUUCGCAGCGACAGCAAAUCUCCUUCCUGUGCCCAGAAGCCUUGCAGCAGAUCUGCUGCUCCUACUCCUCCCAAGCGAAGAAACAGCGUGCUCUGGUCUGAGAUGUUAGAUGUCAACAUGAAAGAAUCCUUGAGCACCAAAGAAAUCAAACGCCAGGAGGCAAUCUAUGAGAUGUCCAGGGGAGAGCAGGACCUAAUCGAAGACCUGAAGCUUGCCAGAAAGGCCUAUCACGAUCCCAUGCUGAAACUCUCUAUCAUGUCUGAGGAGGAACUCACCCACAUAUUUGGGGACUUGGAUUCUUACAUUCCUCUGCAUGAAGACUUGUUGGCAAGUUUAGGAGAAGCAACAAAACCAGAUGGAACAGUGGAGCAGAUCGGGCCCAUUCUUGUGAAGUGGUUACCACGUCUCCACGCCUACAAAGGUUACUGUAGCAAUCAGCUGGCAGCCAAAGCACUUCUAGAUCAGAAGAAGCAGGACCGCAGAGUGCAGGACUUCCUGCAGCGCUGCCUUGAGUCUCCUUUCAGCCGCAAGUUAGACCUCUGGAGCUUCUUGGACAUCCCUCGAAGCCGACUGGUCAAAUACCCUCUGCUCCUGAAAGAGAUCCUGAGGCACACUCCCAAAGACCAUCCUGAUAUCCAGAUUCUGGAAGAAGCCAUAUCCAUAAUCCAGGGGGUCCUCUCUGACAUCAACCUGAAGAAGGGGGAGUCAGAGUGCCAAUACUACAUUGACAAGCUGGAGUACCUGGAUGAGAAGCAGAAGGACCCAAGGAUUGAAGGCAGCAAAGCUUUACUGUGCCAUGGGGAGCUGAAGAACAAAAACGGACAUAAACUCUACGUCUUCCUCUUCCAAGACGUCCUGGUGCUGACCCGGCCGGUCACCCGCAACGAGCGCCAGGCCUUCCAGGUGUACAGGCAGCCCAUCCCUGUCCACGAGCUGAUCCUUGAAGACCUGCAGGAUGGUGAUGUGAAAAUGGGAGGGUCUUUCCGAGGAGCUUUUGGCAACUCUGAUAAAGCUAAAAAUAUCUUCAGAGUUCGUUUCCAAGAUCCCUCUCCUGGCCAGUCCCACACGCUGCAGGCCAACGACGUCUUCCACAAGCAGCAGUGGGUCAACUGCAUCCGAACCGCCAUCGCUCCCUUCCAACCCAGCACCACAGCAGCAGAGCUGAAGGACCUGCCAGAGCUGAGUGAGGAAGGUGAGGAGAACAACCCCUCCGUGCCCAACAUCACAGCCCAGAGGAGGCAGUCAGCCACAUCUGGCAUCACCGAGAUGGAGCUGGACGAGAACGCCUCUGAGUGCGCCUCCGCCUUGGACUCGGAAGAAACCAAAGGCACCAAAACUCAGAGCACAUCGUCUGGGCACAGGAAAAGCAGGGAGAAUCAGCUGAGUGAGAAGAGGAAAGAAACCUUGGUGUGAGGAAGCUGAGGACAAACUGUUUAUUUAUAAAUACCUGUGUACAUUUUCCUUCCAACGUGUGAGCACCGCGGAGUCGCUCUGCUGAAUGGGAUCUUGGGGUUGGUUUUCACGUUGUCAUGGCAGCUACUGGUAUCCAGCUCGCUGUUGGAACUGGGGUCUGGUUUUUAACCUCCUCCACCACCACAUUGAACCUGGAGUUUAAGUGCCACAAGAACCCAAAGUGCUCUUUCAAACCUGCCACGAGCAACUUAGUUGCUCGUGGCAGGUUUGAAAGAGCGCUUUGGGUUCAGAAGGAUUUCCACAGGUGGGGUUUGAGGGUUUGAAUUGGGAAUUAGAGGCUGGAAAGUGAGGGUUUAAAGGCUGGAAAGUGAGGAUUUGAGGCUGGAAAGUGAGGGUUUAAAGGCUGGAAAGUGGGAAAACUUAGGUUGGCACUACAAGCCUGGUGGCACCACCUCCUCCCUCUGCCAGGCUGGGGAUUGGCUCAAGGCUGCAAGGCUCAACACCUGAGCUCACAUUUUCUUCUCACCUGACGAGGUUACAGUGCAUGGUUAGAAACCAUCUUCUUGAGGUGGGGGGGGAGGUGUAAAACCAGAGCCCAGGUUCCACAGCUUCUCAAGUUACCUACUGGAAUCUUUGAUCUUGGCGGUGUCCUUUGUACAUUCCUCAUUUGCAACUCUUGUAACCUGCCAGACUAUUUAAAUGGUUGGGGGCUGGGGGGUGGCUUUUAUUAUUCUUAGUCCUUUCGUUUUCAGUUUGGGGGUGUUUUGUGCAGGUUGGGGGUGGGAGGGGAAGAGUUCUUUGGGGUUGUUUUGUUGUUGGAUUUUUUUUUUUUCUCUUCCUUUUCCUUUGUUUGGUCUUUUUUUACUUUUGUAUUUUGGUGGUGUUGUUGUUGCUGAAACUUGGCAUUUCCUUUCAACUACUUGAUCCUUCUGGCCCUGAGCUCUGCAGGCAGUGUGGGGUUCCUCGCCUGGCUGCACAGCUCUGGCCCUGGGGGCGAAAGCAGGAGCGGGUCACGUCCGAGCUGAUAAUGAUUGUGAGGAGAACUACUCCACCUGUGACCAUGAGGAACCUAGAGCAGCUCGUGGUUGUACGCUCCUGGCCCGACUGAAAGAGAACUGCAUUGCCUGAGGAGGGGGGGGUUGUAGGAAGGUCGUUAGGCAGGUUGUAGAGGGUCUGGGGGAGGGAGGAGGAGCAGUGGCUAGAGUAGCAGGGAGCGAAGGUAGAUGAUGAUGAUGUUGUUGUUGUUGUUGUUAGUGUUGUUGUCGAUGUUGCCUUUUGGAGAUGAAAUGCCAAAGAGGCAGGACUGGAGGCAACCAAGGGCUUAUUGCAUGUGGUAGAAAGGUAGAGAAGAGAAAGAGUGGAUGAGAUGUGUGGACAGAAGAGGUAGUGGUUGUAAAUACUCAUAGCGGCGACACUGCCGCGGUCUAGUGGUCCAAAGAGAGGCCUAAGAGGUGCCAGCUCGGUGACCACGCUGUGAAGAGAUGCAAGGGGCAGAGUGGUGACAGCUUUGAGCACAGCCAACAGGUUGUUCCCUGUCGUUUGGAGUGGUGGUGAUGGGACAAGGACAGCAAUCCCACCCUACCCAUCCUUGAGGAGCCAUAGCUGCUGUGUAAAGGGUUGUGGGUGCCUGUCACCUGCUCGGCCAGGGACGGUGGAAAGGGGGAGAGGGUGGACGUGGGCACCAGCAGGUGGUUCUCUGUAAAUGUGUUGUACAGCUUCCAGUGCCAAGUACCAUUAAACUCCUGACAGUC